AUGCAGUUGAAACACUUCGCCGGCGCCGUCUACAAGAGGGCUUUCGACGAAACGCCUCAUCAAGCCGAGCUGCCCGCCUGGACUUACGCAGUCUACUUGGCCGACUUCCUUGUCUUCCUCCCCCUCAUCCUCUGGACGACCUACACCCUCCACCAGAUCUACCCCAUUUUCGCAAUCGUCGAGGACGAGAACCCGCCCGCUUACGACCCCGUCAACCUCGCCGAAGAUGACGGCGCCAUCCUCUCCGCCGGCCCGGAGGCGCGCCCCGACGGCCCCGUCCCAAUCACAAAGGACGUCACCGGCGGCCGCUCCACCACCGUGACCUCGUCCAUCCGCUCUAUCCACCGUCUGCUGAAGACCCACGGUGGCUGGCGUGCAAACUUCCGUGGCUUCCCCGUCUACCUCGUCCAGAGCGCCGCCACCACCGCCCUCUUCGGCAUCUUCUCCGCCUUCUUGCCAGACAUGCUCGCCUCCCUCGCGACCCUUCUCGCCGCUCUGUCCCUCGUCCAGCUCAGCACCGCCUGGGUGCACAUCAUCAUCACCCCGAGCAGCCCCCAGCACUUCUGGCAGCGCUUGCCGCCCUUCAAGCGUGCCUUCGACGCCACCGCCCGCCCCGUUGCCGCCCAGUGGUUCGCUGAGCAGCUUGCCACCUGGGUCCCCAUCGCCAUCGGUUGGGCCAUCGGCAUGGACCUGCCCAACAUGCAGUACGGCGGGUCCGGAUCGAACACGCCCCAGUUCCACACCUCGGACGCCUGGAAGAGCAUCGUUGUCACCCUCAUCAGCAUCGCCAUCCAGAUCAUCGUUGUCAUCCCCGCCCAUGUCGUCCUCGUCCGCGUUCAGGCCUCGCUCCUGCCCGAGGAGGCCAACACCAUCAUCCCCUUUGACCGCUCCUUCGAGGGCAAGGUCGAGCCCCGCGUCGUCGGCGGCAAGGGCUACGCCACCAUGGACGACGCAUGGAGCGGCUUCUCCCGUUCCGCCUGGAAGCGCCUCGUCAUCCUCUACGCCAAGAUCUUUGCCGUCACCUUUGCCGCCUUUUUCUUCAUGGCCGCCAUCAUCCUUCCCCAGGUCAUUCUCAUCAGCGCGCAUGCUAAAUAG